UCAAUCAGCUAAGAGACUUAGAACCGACGCAAUGUGGCACAUAUCGUGGAUCUUGAUGGUCCUGGCAGUGAGUAGCCUGGAGUCGCUUUUGAUCCCUCCAAGGCCAACACUUCUUGAGAGCUCCCAGUUGGAAGCAGGGGCCCAAGAAUCCACCUCUCCUCGGCUGGAUGACAACAGUGAAGAAAACUACCGAUUGCCAAACAACACGGCCCCGGAGGCCUACAGGAUAGAACUCUGGACAGAUGUUCACAAUGGAGACAGGGAAUUCUACGGUACAGUUCAGAUCGACAUUGAAGUUUUGGAAGAAUCGUCGGAGAUCAAGUUGCACUACCGUCAGACAGAGGGGUUUGAGGCAUCCAUAGUCAGUAGGGAUGAGGUCAAUUCUACGGAGAUUCCGCUGAAUGUAACUCUUGACCCCCAAAGGGAGUUCCUUGUCCUCACGGCCACGGAGACUAACACGAGCUUUGCUGCGAACACGAAGUGGACCCUAACCGUGAAUUACAACGGUACCCUGAGAAGCGACAUGGCCGGAUUCCACAGGACCAGCUACACGGACGACAACGGAACAGAGCGUUACUUGGCGGCAACCCAGUUCGAGAGCACCAAUGCUCGACAUGCCUUUCCCGGAUACGAUGAGCCCGCCAGGAGAGCCAACUUCACUAUUACCAUACACCAUGACCCUUCCUACUCGGCAAUCAGCAAUAUGCCCGUGAAUGAAUCUGCUAGCAGUCUCGGAGUCACAGCCUUCCAGACGACCCCCAAAAUGUCCACCUAUCUCGUCGCAUUUGUGGUGUCCGAUUUUGGGUACACAGCCGGUCAGUUGAACGAUCUUCAGCAGCGCGUUUUUACCCAGAAUGGAAAAGUGGGUCAGCAGGAGUGGGCCAUGUGGUCAGGUUUGGUGGUGGAAUCCAGCCUGGCCGGAUACUUCGGAAUCCCCUUCCCCCUUCCAAAAUUGGACCAGGCCGGCAUUCCUGGCAAAGGUGGAGCAAUGGAAAACUGGGGCCUGGCCACCUACGGGGAGCAAUACAUGGUUUGGUCCAAAGAGAACUCCACCAUCGACUUGAAGACAAGCAUUGCGAACAUCAUUGGUCACGAGUACGCCCACAUGUGGUUCGGAGACCUCGUUUCCAUCCAAUGGUGGACCUAUCUCUGGCUGAAGGAAGGCUUUGCCACCCUCUUCUCCUAUGAGUCCAACGACAUUGCCUUCCCCGAGUGGGACACAUACCAGAUCUACCAUGUCAGCGACUACAAUAGCGCUCUUUUAAACGAUGCCUCCACCUCUGCAGUUCCCAUGACCCACUACGUACAGACUCCCAACGAGAUCUCCGGGCGAUACAAUACAUUCUCCUACGCCAAGCCUUCGGCUGUGCUGUAUAUGUUCAAGAAUGCCUGGACUGAUCGGGUCUUCCGAGCGGGGUUGAACAAGUAUCUUACCAAGAACCAGUACACAUCCUGCGACGAGUGGGACCUAUUCGCCGCUCUCCAGGAGUCGGCCGACGAACACGGUCUGUCCUUGCCCACCUCGGUGGACAACAUAUUCAGCAGCUGGUCCCAGAAGGCUGGCUAUCCCCUGCUGACCGUGACCCGAAACUAUGCGACUGGAACCUUUACCGUCAAGCAACAGAGGUAUCUCGCUGUUGACGACUCCAACCAGAUCACCUGGUACGUGCCCAUCAACUUUGCCACCGCCUCCAAUCCAGAUUACAGGAACACGAGCGCCUCGCACUACCUCCUCAAUACGACGGAGGUCGAGAUCUCGGACGUAGCAAUCGCUAGUGAGGACUGGAUCAUUUUCAAUCUGAAGAGCGCCUUCUACUAUCGCACCCUGUACGAUCUGGAGAACUAUGACCGCAUUAUCGAUGGCCUUAACAAUAACCACCACAAGAUUCACGUUCGAAACCGGGCUCAGUUGUUGAGCGAUGCGUACAUCUUCGUGACCACUGGUCGCCUGAGCCACAGCGUCCUACUGAGAUUGCUCACUUAUCUGAAGUAUGAGGACCAGUACGCUCCUUGGUCCAACGCCAACACUGUCCUUACCGCUUACGAUCGGUACUUGCGAGGAGAGGAUCCCAAUUCUUUCCGGCAAUUCGUGAGGAAUCUCGUAGAGCCUGUCUUAGACAGAAUCGGUGUACACGAGAUUCCUGGGGAGCAUUAUCUGAGAAACUAUCUGCGGAAUAUAAUCGUUAGCUUGGCGUGUCAAGUAAAGAGUGAAGUAUGCCUUCUACAAGCGUCCAAUAAGUUGUCAGAGUUCCUGUUCAAUGGAACAGCUAUUGAACCCAGUCUGAGGACGCAGGUCUACUGUUCCGGCCUGCGAAGUCCAACAGAUACUGUAUACGAUAGAGUGCUCUCAGACUUGGUGGCUUCUACGGAUGCCACAGAUCGAAGUCUGUUCAUUUCCUCCCUCGGUUGCUCGACGAUAUCGGGUCAACUCGAUAAAUUCUUCAAGCUUUCCACAACCAAUUCGUUGAGCUACUCGGAGAGCACUUCUUUACUCAACUCGGCCUUCACGAAGAGCAACGAAGGUCUAAGAGAAAGCUUAUCGUACCUAGAGGAGAACUGGUAUAUUUAUGCUACAGGGCUAAAUGAAACAAACAAGCAUCUAGACGCCGAUCUGCGGGAGAUGGCCAACUAUGUAGUUGGCGAGGCGGAGGAAAAAAGGCUACUCGCUCUGGUAGAGGAGAUUAAGUUAAAGGGGCCCCAAUACCUCGAGGAUGAUCUAGCCGCCGUCAUUGAAUCCAGAAUUCAGUUAAAUUACGAUUGGCUGUCAGUCAAUCGCGAUCCCAUAAUGAACUGGACAGCAGAUUAUAUAUAUCCUGAAACAAGUUCUGGUACUAGUUUCAAGUCUUCCCUAGCAAUUAUGUUUGUUAGUGCACUUUUUGCACUGUUAGCGUCUUUUGUUUAGACAAAGUCAUUUUGUCAAGUGGAAGCCAUAAAAUAAAUAAAUCUAUGUGACUCAACCAGAACUGAAA